AUGGGAAUAGUGGCAGCAUUUCGAUCAUGGGCAUGUAUUAUCAGUCUGUGCAAACCUGGAAAUUCUGGGAUUCAGUCUCUUAUUGGGGUACUCUGUAUACCAAAUAUGGAAAUACAGAUAGGUCUACUUGAGGUCCUUUAUGAUAUAUUUCGCCUUCCUCUCCCUGUUGUUGCAGAAGAAUUUAUUGAGGCACUUCUCAGUGUGGAUCCAAGCAGGUUUCAGGAGUGCUGGAGACUUUCUGAUGGCUUUGUAGCUGCUGAAGCUAAAAUUAUACUACCACAUCGAGCCAGGUCAAGGCUUGAUCUCAUGGAUAAUUAUUUGGCUUUAGUGCUUUCAGCUUUUAUUACUAAUGGACUUCUAGAGGGUCUAGUUGAAGCGGUCAUAAGUAGCGACGACCAUAUAUCUGUUAGAGCAACUAUCAUUUUAGGAGAACUUUUGCACAUGGCAAACACAAUCCUUCCUCAUUCUCACAGCCAUCACCUGCACUGCUUACCAACGCUAAUGAAUAUGGCAGCAUCUUUUGACAUCAUGAAAGAGAAAAGACUACGAGCAAGUGCUGCACUCAACUACUUAAAACGUUUUCAUGAGAUGAAGAAAAGAGGACCUAAACCCUACAGCCUCCAUUUAGAUCAUAUUAUUCAGAAAGCGAUAUCAACCCACCAAAAAAGGGAUCAUUACCGUGUGCAGAAAGACAUCUUUAUUUUAAAGGAUACAGAAGAGGCACUUGUAAUGAAUCUUCAAGACAGCCAAGUUCUCAAUCAUAAAGAGAACCUUGAGUGGAAUUGGAAUCUGAUAGGGACCAUACUGAAGUGGCCAAAUAUAAAUCUAAGGAACUAUAAAGAUGAACAAAUGCACAGGUUUGUAAGGAGAUUGCUAUAUUUUUACAAGCCUAGCAGUAACCUGUAUGCCAACCUGGAUCUGGACUACACCAAGGCUAAGCAGCUCACUGUAGUGGGUUGUCAGUUUACUGAAUUUCUUCUUGAAUCAGAAGAGGAUGGACAAGGUUACCUGGAGGAAUUGGUUAAAGAUAUUGUAAAUUGGCUCAGCUCUUCAUCGGGAAUGAAGCCUGAAUGUAGUCUUCAAAAUAAUGGAUUACUAAAUACCCUUAGCCAGCACUACUUUCUGGUUUUUGGUACACUCUCUUGUCACCCUCAUGGAGUGAAAAUGCUUGAAAAAUGUAAUGUGUUUCAGUGUCUUCUUAAUCUUUGUUCUUUGAAGAACCAAGAUAACUUGUUAAAAUUGACUGUUUCUAGUUUGGAUUACAGCAGAGAUGGGUUAGCAAGAGUCAUUCUUUCUAAAAUCCUGACAGCAGCUAAUGAUGAAUAUAACUUAAAGUAUGUUGAACUGAUUGAAGAAAGACUUAAUGAAGCACUUACAACUUAUCGCAAACCUGUUGAUGGUGAUAACUACGUUCGUCGGAGCAACCAAAGAUUACAACGACCACAUGUCUACCUGCCAGUUCACCUUUAUGGCCAACUGGUGCACCAUAAAACAGGUUGCCAUUUAUUGGAGUCUCAGAAUAUUGUUACAGAUAUAAGUUACACUGUUCAUUCCCCAGUGCUGGAUAAGUGGGAAGGAAUUAAGCAGCUGAAAGCAGCCCUUUGGGCCUUGGGCAAUAUUGGAUCAUCAAAUUGGGGUCUUAACUUGCUUCAAGAGGAGAAUGUAAUUCCUGAUAUAAUGGCACUUGCACAACAUUGUGAGGUUCUCUCUGUUAGAGGAACCUGUGUCUACGUGCUUGGUCUAAUAGCCAGAACUAAACAAGGAUGUGACAUUCUGAAGCAUCAUAACUGGGAUGCAGUGAGACACAGUCGUAAACAGCCUUGGCCAGUGGUCCCUGAUGACAUGGAGCAGCUCUGCAAUGAACUUUCUUCUAUACCCAGUACUCUGAGCUUGAACUCCAAGUCCACCAGUUCUAGGCAUAACAGUGAAAGUGAAUCUACACCUUCAAGUAUGUUCAUCAUGGAGGAUGACUGUUUUGGUAGUACUUCCACUAGUACAUUCUUCCUAGAUAUUACCGAAGAUGCAGAACAAAUAUUUUAUGACAGACCUGGACUUUCAAUAGGCAAAGAUCGUAGUCCCUUUCCUUUUUUUUCUUCUAGCAGACUUGUGAAAAAUCGUAUUCUAAGCUCUCUUACUCUACCUAAUAAAAAACAUAGGAGUGAUCCGAAAGGAGGAAAGCUGACAUCUGACAGUAAAUCAAGCCUGAGGUGAAAUCGUGCUGUAACAGAACCUUCCAGUAGCAUAGACGUCCCUGCUGGGGAAGAAUUCAACCCUGUUUUCAGAAUUCCGAAAAUCCAGAUUUUACAUUUAGAAGCUUCUUUUGCCAGAAAUAAGCACAUGGAAGAUACUGAAAGAACCCCAAGUAUUGGAGAAAAUGAUCUGAAGCUGCCAAAAGGUCUUGGAAAUGAAAUUCACCAUGAAAACACAAGCAGAGAAAGGCUAAUGGGAGAUGGUAAUACACAAACACAUUUCAAGAGUCGUAGCUUAAGUUUUAAUACAGAUACCACAACAAGUGGCAUAAGCUCAAAGAGCUCUAGCCCUUCGAGGGAGACUGUAGGUGUGGACACUACAAACGUAGAUAAUGACUGUGGAAGUUUGAGUACUGUUGUAAGCACAAAAACAGUUAAACCAAGUCACUGUUCAACACCACAGCCUAACCAUCUGCCUCUCUCAAAAUCCAACUCUGUAUCCCUGGUACUGCCAGGAUCUUGUCAUAUGCUUCCCCAAAGAGCACAGUCUCUUAAAGCUCCUUCUCUUGCUACAAUAAAAAGUCUUGCUGACUAUAACUUUAGCUACACAAGUUCUCGAGAUGCCUUUGGCUAUGCCACACUAAAACACUUACAACAGCAGAGAAUGCAUUCUUCACUGUCUCACUCAGAAGCCCUAGCAUCUCCAGCAAAGGAUGUGCUGUUUACUGACACUAUUACCAUGAAGUCUGGCAGCCUGGAUUCUCGGUUGACCCCAAGCUGGUUCGUGAAAGCAUUAAGUGAUGCUUUGUUAGAUAAAGAAGAUUUAUUAAGUCCUAUUAACCAAAACACGCUUCAGCAUUCCUCCUCUGUUUGCUCCAUGGUUUCUAAUGCUACAUAUGGUAGCUCUGAUGAUUACAUUGGCCUUGCCCUCCCAGUGGAUAUCAAUGAAAUAUUUCAGGUAAAGGAAACACCGUAUUUCCAGAAGAAAAGCACACCUCCAUUUGAUGACCAUGGAGCUAGGAUCUUUGCACCUGAUGCAGGAGAUGCCUCUCAGUUUUUGGAAAAUACAGAGGAUACAGGGUUACAGGAGCACACGGAUGAGAGCUGCCUUUACUGUGCCUGCAUUCAAAUACUGGCUUAUCAGCCUACCAACAAAGUGAACUCUUCAUAUAGUCAUACAGAUUUUUCAGACAUUCCGUAUACUGACUGGUAUGGACAGACCAUACACGAUCACUUAGAUGUGCAUUCCUCCAAAUUUUCUGGAAUUUCAAGCUGUAGUGAUGCAGUAUCCCAUGAUUCAGCUAGCAGCACCAAGAGUACAGAGCUUGUACUAGGAGUAAAAUCAAUCCCAGAUGAUACACCACUGUGCAGAAUACUUCUGCGGAAAGAAGUCUUACGUUUGGUAAUUAAUUUGAGUAGUUCAGUAGGAACUAAGGGCCAUGAAACUGGACUCCUGACAAUUAAGGAGAAAUAUCCCCAAGCGUUUGAUGACAUAUGCCUUUACUCUGAGGUGUCCUACUUGUUAGCACAUUGUACAUUUCGACUUCCAUCUCGAAGGUUCAUUCAGGAGCUAUUUCAAGAUGUACAGUUCUUACAAAUGCAUGAAGAAGCAGAGGCUAUUUUAGCAACAACAACAAAACAGCCAGUAAUUGCUAUAUCAGCUGAAUCCUGA